GGCUGCGGGAGGAGCGAGGGCAAGGCCAGGGCUGCCGCUGCGGCCCCGUUUCUCUGCUGUCGGUACCCCCAAACCAGCCCAACGGAGCCCUCGGAGAGCGCGAUGGAUGAGUGGGAUCUCCCACAAUGGAAAAAAGAGGUGGAAAGCCUCAAGUACCAGCUGGCCUACAAGAGGGAGAUGUCCUCCAAGACCAUACCUGAGUUUGUGAAGUGGAUCGAGGACGGCAUUCCCGAGGAUCCCUUCCUGAACCCGGAGCUGAUGAAGAACAACCCCUGGGUGGAGAAAGGCAAAUGCAUCAUCCUCUGAGCUCUGUCCCCCUGCAGGACGGGCUGGGAUCCCUGAGCUCCGGUUCCAGCCCCAGAACCUGAACAAACCCUGCCCUCUGCUCCUUUCUGCUCCUGUAGCUGUAGGAGGGGUUUUAG